AUUAUGAAAAGCGAAUUUAUGAUCUUGAAUUUGAAAAUCAAUUUCUUAAAGAACGAAACAAUUAUCUUGAUGAUUUAAAUCAAUAUCAUAUAAACUUAUUUACCAAUGCUUAUUAUCAUUUUGGUACAGCUUGGGAUGUUUUUAAUGAAGAUAAUGAAGAUUAUCAACAUUUUGAACAUGAAUUUGUUAAUUAUGUUGACAAAGUUAAUAAUAUGAAAGAAAAUGAAGUGAUUAUGAUCAAUGAAGAAAAGGUUAAAAAAGAAGAAACAGUAGAGAGAAGCUUAAAAUUUGAUAGACAAAGUAUUAUUUCAUUGAGUGAUGAUGAUAGUACUGCUUGUAGUUGUAUCGAAUAUGGAGAUAGUUGUGAAGAUUCUUUUAUUAAAAAGUUUAAAUCUGAAUAUGAUUCAGAAGAUAAUUUUGAUUAUAAUAAUUAUAAUGAAGCUUAUCAUAACAUAUUUAAUGAUGAUGGAAGGGAAUAUAAUGAAAAUUAUUGUACUGCCAAUACGAAUAAUUUUUAUUAUGAGAGUAAUGAUGAUGGUUAUAAAGGGUUUUUACAAAAGAGAGAAUAUGAUAGUUAUGAUAAAUAUUUAGAAGACAAAAACAUUCAGAAUUUUGAAUAUUACAUUUCAUUAUCUUCUUCAACCAACAAGCUAACAAGUUAUCAAUAUAUAGAAGAAUUUACAAAUCUUCUACCCACAACAAAUUAUCAAAGUAAUAUAUUAAAACAUGUCAAUAGAUCAGAUUAA